GUCAUGUGAUACAGUAUGUCAUGUGAUUACCAAUGUUAUUGUGAAAAAGAAAGUACAAAAUGAUAAGAUUUAUGUUUAUGUGUAUUUUUCUUCGAGAGGUCAGCUGCAUGGACAGCCUACGGUUCCUGGCGGUUGGGGACUGGGGCGGGAUCCCUUUCUGGCCCUACGACACCCCUAUAGAGACUAAAGUAGCUAAACAGAUGGCCAAAGUCUCCGAGAUGUACCAAUCCAGUUUCAACCUCGCCCUAGGGGACAACUUCUACUCCAACGGGGUCACUGAUGUAGAUGACAAGAGGUUUAAGGAAACUUUUGAGGACGUAUAUCACUAUGAUUCCCUGAUGAAUCCCUGGUACAUCGUGGCCGGAAAUCAUGAUCAUUAUGGUAACGCUUCUGCCCAGAUAGCUUAUACCAAAAGGUCAGAGCGUUGGAACUUCCCAGACUACUACUACUCCCUAAAUUUCAAGAUCCCUGGAGGGGACGGGGUCGACAUUAUCAUGAUUGAUACAGUGCUACUGUGUGGUAACACCGACCAUGACAUUGUCGGAGAUCAACCACAUGGCCCCGAGAAUGUCAAGGUCGCCGAGGAUCAUUGGGCGUGGUUGGAUACACAGCUGAAGUCGUCUAAAGCCGAAUACCUGUUAGUUGCUGGUCAUUUUCCGGUCUACUCUAUAGCGGAACACGGACCUACAAAGUGUCUUACAAAUAGGCUUAAACCCAUGUUGAACAAAUAUAACGUGACUGCCUACUUCUGUGGACACGACCAUAACCUCCAGCAUAUAAGUAGCUCGGAGAGCGGGUGGACGGUCGACUACUUUGUUAGUGGGGCCGGAAAUAUCGUGGAAGACAACAAAAGUCACGAACGGGAUAUUCCCGCCGGAAGUCUCAAGUUUUUCUGGGCGAAGCUUAUUGAUCUCGGAGGCUUUGCCGUCGUGGAGGCUACGUCUAAGAAUAUGACAAUGAGCUUUGUAGAUGGCUUUGGCAGCACACUGUACUCUUACACGAUGUAUUCUAGAAAGAGUUGAAAGAGUAUUCUGAAUACCAGAGUACCUGUUGCUUCGAAUAUGAACUAUUUUCAGAAGUGUUCUUGUUUUCAGGUAACAUUCAAUACUAAUUAUUAUAAACACGUUAGAAUUGUGCCCCACUGGAACCUUUUUAUUGAUCAAUGACAGAUCUUCAUUGUCUGACCAUAAAUCAUUAUCCCACAAAACGGUGGGUAGACCUUUAUAAACUCAACAACAACAACAACAACAAGGGUUAGUGUAAGCCUUCAGAGCACAGUGGAUACAACACUGAACUGCAAUUUUAGCGACACCGGUUCGAACCCGGUCUCCGACUCGAUUUUUUUUUUUACAUUUUUGGAUUUGUUUUUACAAUUAUAAUAUCAAAGCGUAAAACAUUUUAUCAACAAUGAUAAUUGUCCUGAAAUUCGUUACAGAAAAACACUUUUUUGGCGCCAAUCUGGUACGUGUAUGUAUUUGCUGUUAUGUUAUGUAGUUAUCGUAUUCCAUAAAAUAAUCAAAGUGCUGAAAGCACUGAUGGACUAGGGCUUCAUUUUAGGGGAAUGUUGAUAACCAUGUUCUAAGCAUUAAACAAAUCGGCUCACAUCACAAGGGGUCACUGUUUAAUGGGCUAGCUUAAACUUUAGACUAAAACUGCUUGCAAGCUGCAAAGGAAAUUUUAAAAGUGUGGGUAGAGGGAGGGGGGUGGGGGCUAAAGUGUUUAAUCAGAUAAAGUCAUAGUUCUUUUGAAAAUCUCAAUGUCGUUAGAUCAGACCUAAACAAAUUAAUUUACGUGGUUGGCGUAUGUUAACCAAAGUACACAUACUUGUUUAAUUUGAUCAAAUCAUUUUAUAUCAAAGGUUUGUUAUUUGCAGUUUCAGAGAAGAUUUUCAAUGAUGUAAUUAUAUCCUAUAUAGAAAACCUGUCACCUCUUUUUCAGGGGAGCUUUAAACCACAGGGCCAUACUUUGGAUAAUAUUUGUAAAAGACAUCAAUAAAUGCAACAGUAGGCCAUUCUUGUAUUGUCCUCUGUCUCUGUCCUGAUAGCUCCCUAUCUCAACAGUUGCAAAUGGUUGUAGGUUCAUGAUUCUCCUGGUCAUUGGUCAUACAGAUGUUGAAUGUAGAAUCAAGAAGCUUUCAUUUCAGGCACUCCGAAUUGAAUAGAACUGUAACAUUUGGAGUGCCUAGAAUUUGUAAGAUUCCUAGGCAACAUGUAUCAGGUGUUGCAGUACAUUUACUUUACUACAAAUACUUUUACCCGUCCUUGUAAAUCUAAAAAAACUUUCAUUUCACAAAAGUAGUUCAUAUAUUAAACUAUAAUAAGGUUGCUAAAUCAGGGUUGAAUAAUUCUGAUAUCUAGAUGUGCCUUUAAUUGCAGCAAUUUAAUGUCCAACUCAUGAUGUCAAUUGAGCUGGUUAAGCAAUACUGCAUUUCCUUGGUGUGCAUUAUAUACUUGAAUAAACAAACAGUUUUUGCGUUGGAAAGUACAAUGUAUUGACAAUGUUACAUGCAAUUUUCUUGACCUGACUCCAUCCAAGCCUUAAAUCUUAGAUCAACAUGUACUUGGGGCUAUGUGUUUUAUCAAUGAGAACUAUAAAUUAUGUUCAAUUUAGUGCCACUUAUGAUAUAUCAUUCCGAAUACAAAAACACUAGCAUUUUCUUUAAAACCACUAGCAUUAAUAUCCUAUGUUAUGAUAAAACCAUUGCCAAGGUGGUAAUUUGAAAACACUAGAUAUUUUAUCUGGUCAGGGUUUGACAUAGUCUUUCUAGGCAGCUGGAGUUGUUUUGCAGUUACUUUGAAAAUCUUCAAAAGCUAAACUGAUCAAGACUGGAGCAAAAUCCUCACAAUACCGAAAGGGAUUUUAAAGACUUACGAGAUCAUUCUCAUAUCACCAAUACCAUUAGUUUUUAUCUACAAACUUAAGUCAACAUAAAAAUGUUUUACAUUAGUUUUGCAAUGAAUAAAACAUAUUGCAAUAGCAUAGCAAUCAAGGCUAAACAUGAGAUUUCAACAUUUUCCAGAUAAACAAUAAAUAAGUUUACUUAAUAUUUUCUCGAUACUUACACAAACUGGAAAAUGGUCUCUUUUUGAAUACUUCACAUAUUUCAUGGCUUUCAUCAUUCAAACUAACAUUUCGCUUGUUAUUUCGAUAUUCAAUGAUUUGGUAAACAUUCAUAAAUGAUGGUUAAAAUUAAGAUUCAUACUAAUCAUGCCUACCAAAAACACCUGACUGACCAAUGAGAAUCCAAUUUCGGCAGGGCUUAUUGGUGGUUCAGUGAAAUCAACCAUGACCUCCCACAAUCUGCACUGAUCAACAGUAAAUGCAUUGUUUCCAUUGUUCUUAUUAUCAUAAAGUUAGAAAACAACUGCAGUGAAUAAAAUUUAUUCCUUAUCACUGAGAGAAAGUUUAGAAUGAACGAAGCCGACGGUUACAUUUAGUGGGAUAUCAUAUCCUACAAAUGUAUUCAUCAUUUUAUGUAACCGUAUUUAGUAUAAAUGUUAAAGUUUUGAAAGUCUAAAAAGUUUCAAUUUUUGUAUAUUUUGUGCUUCAUUUAAUUUCAUUGAAAUUUGUUUUUCUUAGUGUUCAAUCCCAAGCAUACUUGUUCACAUUUAAGUGCAAGAAAAGACUCUAAAUUAUGAUCUGAAUAAAUUUUUAUAUUAAUGUUAGGUCACAUAAAAGAUAAACAAUGUAUUGUGCUUUUUAAAAAUAACAGUUUUUCAUCUGUUUAAAAUUAUUUCAAAUGCUGUGCAUUGAAAUUUGAUUAUGAGUUUAAACUAUGACAGGAAUAAUUCAAGGGAAUGUUGUUUUUUUGUGAUUUCUAGCAUUUAAAUUGUCUGAAUCGCAUGAAUAUUUAUAAAUUACGUAAGGUACUGACUAUUCUCAAAUUGGUCACACUUGUUGAACUUUGUACUGUCUUCUUUUUGUCUGUCUCAAAUUUAAUACAGCAUUUGCUUCACCUGUUGUUAAUUAAAGGGACUGUACACCAGAAUGGCACCAAAAAAGUUGGAUAUUUUCUUUAACGAAUCUAAGGACAUUUUUUUAAUAAACUAUUUUACUCUUUGAUAUCGUUAUUGUAAAUAAAAUACCAAAAUGUAAAAACAAUGCAGUGCAGUGUCGAAUCCACUAUGAUAUGAAGACUGGGUGAAAUUUCCAGAUAUAUACCUAACUCGCUUAAAUCACGUAAUAACAUCAACGGCAGAUUACGCAUAAGGAAUGAAUUAUACUCGGUAGACAUACAAUGUACUUAGUAAUCUUUUUUUAAUGGAAAAACACGAAAUAACUGCUAUUAAUAAAUCAUUUGUAAACUAUGUGCAUCAUCAGUUAGUAAGUUUCAAUGCAUUAAUUCGGUACACAUCGAUACCAAGUUAAUGUCAGGUUUCUAUAAAAAAGAAAGUUUUUUUCUUUUUCAUUAUUAACUGAGUACAGCCCAUUUAAAAUGUACCUUAUAAUGUCUGUGACUUAUCAAAUAUUUAAUAGUAAUGGUCUGCAACCAAGAUUUGUUUGAAUUAUCAAGGUUUCAAACUGCAUUGUGUAUGCGAUUGGAAAGCUAAUCUUGAAAGCUCCCUUAGUAUAAUUUUUAAAACAUAACAUAGACCCUGCAAGGUACUCAUAUUUGGAUGAUUCAUAAAGAUUUGCACAGUUAUUUAUGUAUAAUUGCAUUUAUUGAUACAGGUUACCUUUUUCAAAUCUAUGACUUAGAUUGCAAAGUAUUCUUAUAUAAAUAAAUAUAUAUUCUUAA